GUGCCUUAGCCAUGUUCGCCCUCUUCCUUCUCGCCGUCCAGCUGGGCCUCGUAGUCGGCCAUGGUCACCAACCUGACUUCAGUGCCUCUGCGCAGAACCUAGACGACCCGCUGCCGUUCUUCUUCCCGGAUAACAGCAGCUCGGCUGGGACACCGUUUCCGAUGCCCAAUUGCUAUGGGGUGAUCAUAGAGGAGGCAUCUAUCGUUGCUUUGCAGAAGCACCUGAAGAAGGGCAGCUUGACGAGCGCGCAGCUCACGGAGUGCUACCUCAGGAGGAUUAACCAGGUUGACCAGUUCGUCGAAGCUAUCAUGGAGGUCAACCCAGACGUCUUGGCCAUUGCGCACGCGCUGGAUGCCGAGAGAGCAGCAGGUAGAGUCCGCGGACCUCUCCACGGUAUCCCAUUCGUCGUUAAGGACAACAUUGCGACCAAGGACAAGAUGGAGACCACGGCGGGGUUCUGGGGCCUCCUGGGCAGCAUUGUUCCUCGCGAUGCCCACGUCGUGAAGCGCUUGCGCGAAGCUGGCGCUGUGCUCCUGGGGCACUCCACUUUGAGCGAAUGGGCGGACAUGCGCAGCAACGACUAUUCCGAGGGUUACUCCCCACGCGGUGGGCAGGCGCGGUCGCCUUACAACCUCACCAUGAACGCUGGCGGUAGUUCGACGGGCAGCGGUGGCGCCGUCGCAUCCAAUGAAGUCACAUUUGCGCUCGGAACCGAGACAGACGGGUCAGUUAUCUCCCCAUCCGAGCGAAGCGGCCUCGUGGGUUUAAAACCUACUGUCGGGCUCACCAGUCGUGCGGGCGUCAUACCGGAGUCAGAGCAUCAAGACACGGUCGGAGUUCUUGCCAAGAGCGUGGCUGAUGCAGCUGCAGUACUCGGUGUUAUCGCCGGCGUGGACCCUAGGGAUAACUACACCCUCGCACAGAUAGAGGCUCCCGACCGGACAUUCGAUGAUUACACCCAGUUCCUUGCUGGACCAGAGUCACUCAACGGAUCGGUGUGGGGUAUCCCAUGGCAGUCCUUCUGGACGCAGACCAACCCACUCGAUCUAGAUGGACUCUUUUCUGCCCUCCAUGCAAUCAAAGCUGCUGGUGGGACAAUCAUCAACGGCACCGAGUUGCCCAACUGGCAAACUAUCGUGUCGCCCGAUGGAUGGGAUUGGGACUAUGGUAGCACUCGAGGAUUCCCCAACGAAUCCGAGUACACCGUAGUGAAGGUCGACUUUUACAACAACAUCAAGACUUAUCUCUCUGAACUCAACAACACCAACAUCCGUUCGCUCGAAGAUAUCGUCGCGUACAAUGACGCGAACGUGGGCACGGAAGGCGGCGUACCUGGGAUACAUCCUGCGUUCGCAUCGGGCCAGGAUGGUUUCCUUGCGAGUCUCGCCUCUAAGGGUAUCAGGAACGAGACCUACUGGCAAGCUUUGGAAUUCUGCCAGCGCUCGACGAGAGAAGAGGGCAUCGACGCCGCGCUCAAAUACACGAAGAAGAACGGAAAACAGGGUAAACUGGAUGGGCUUCUGGUACCCUCGAACACAGCAGUGACGUAUCAAAUCGCGGCGCAAGCAGGUUAUCCCAUGAUUACUAUCCCUGCGGGUGUUAAUUCGUACGGCAUGCCUUACGGCCUUGGCAUCAUGAACACGGCGUGGAGCGAGCCGUCGCUGGUUAAGUGGGCGUCUGCAAUCGAGGCCAUCCUUCCCAGCCGGCCGACGCCCAAGUGGUUGGCGUACACGGCGAAGAACAUUCCGGUCGACUCCGAGUAGGCGCGCAAGGUAUUCUGACACGAUGAGCUAGGUUUAUAAUGGC